UGUAGUGUUUUACGUAAUGACAUCAUCUCUAAAGGCCCUCCUUGUCAGCUGUGACUCGAAGGUUUUUUCUUAAACAGCUAUCAGUCCAAGCAGGCAACAUUAUGGAGAGCAAUUCUACACGAUAUAAUGUGCAAUUGUAUAUUUAUGAUCUAUCAAGGGGAAUGGCACGCAACCUCAGCCCGAUCAUGCUGGGAAAACAACUGGACGGUAUAUGGCACACAGCCAUAGUGGCAUAUGGGGAUGAGUUCUUCUUUGGAGGGGAAGGAAUCUCCAGCUGUUCGCCUGGUGGAACAAUGCUGGGACCUCCUGACACAGUUGUGGAACUUGGUGAGACCGAAGUCUCGGAGGAGAUCUUCAUGGAGUAUCUCUCGUCUUUGGGAGAAAGCACAUACAGAGGUGACAGGUAUCGACUGUUUGAGCAUAACUGCAACACGUUCACCAACGAGGUGGCUCAGUUUUUGACAGGCACGCCCAUCCCCUCCUACAUCACUGACCUCCCAUCUGAAGUCCUCGCCACACCUUUUGGCCAGAUAUUGCGGCCCAUUUUGGACUCCAUCCACAUCGCCCCGCCAGGAGGCAACGUCAUCAACGGAGGGAGAAACCUCUAAAACGAAGAGAGAGCAACGCACACAUAGGCUCAGUUCCAUCGGAGUCAGUCAGCAAGUAGUCUCAAAUAAACAUCCCGUGCCCUUCUUUAUCUACUCCACCUGGUGCCAUAUGUCUUUGGAAGAUAAGACAAUGUAUAUUUUAUUACGUUUACUUCACCAAGGGGCACCUGCACAUUGGAAUCCAAUGCAAGAGAAUUCUGCCUUUACAAGCUCAGUUUUGAUGGACACUAAAAGCUAUUUGUUCAUUAUUGUGGUAGUAUUUGCAGUGGUGUACUGCAUCGUACACUUGCAGUACUUGGACAUAGUUGACAUGUAUUGGUGCACCAAGCUAGUUUAGUUUGUAUAAUUAGUAUACAGUUUGGACGUAAGUACAGAAUUUAUUGAUGCAGCAUAAUUCAGAUUCAAAGUUGAGACUCCUGCCGCUGACUACAAUGGAACACAUUUAUUUCAGAGACAUCUUUAAUAUAUCUUUAUUAAUAUAUUGUUUUAGCAACAAGAAUCUUUUCAUGUCAACACCAGUUUGUUAUUUCUUGGUCAGUUUCCCAUCACACGUCCUUUUGUACCGUUUCAACCCGUCAUUUGUCGCCUUCUUUACCCCACCUUACCUUUUAUACAACAUGACCAUUCCAUUUGCUGAACUGUUGUUUACGAUGUAAGUCAUGCCACAGGAGGAUUAACUGGAAACAUCAGCUACCAUAAAACGACUGAGCCCCGAAAGCAAAAUAACCGCUUAUGGUUCAGUAUUUGGUUAGCACUGGCAAUGAACGUCAUCAAAACCCCUCUUUCUAUACCGGCGUGCGUGUAUGUGUGGUACUUCACGUCCGUGCCUUCAUUUCCCUCUGCUUUGCUACUGCAAGACUUGACGUGAAGUCUAAUAAAGCAUUCGUCACGCUCAUGUGUAGAAACCAUCAGCACUCUUAGCCUAUAAGAAUCCCAGUGUCCAAUCGACUCUGAUGCCACCAGAGAGAAUGCUUGAUUUCUAAGAUUCAUACAGGUAGGGGGCGAGGAUGCGGUCGGACGACACCGCGUGAGCAAAGCGAAGGAUGAAAGAAGCACAGAACCAGCACUGACUCUUAACUCUACCUUGCAGGCAGCCAUCGACAUUUUGCACUCAAUAGUUGUGUAUAUUUAUUUUAAACUCUCUUGCACUGAAAUAAUAUCAGAAGAUUAUAUUGUGAGUUCCCCUUCAGUCAGUUAACCUUCUGCUACAUACAAUUGGACCCGCUGACCUGACCAAUGAAACGUAUGUGAGCAAAACUUCUCUUGUAUUUUGCUCUACAUGUCAUUGCUAGCUUCCUCGUAUCCUUUUCACAUGAGAUAGAUGUAGUUCCCCAUGUUCAUGCAUAUUGUUAAUAUUGUCGUGUAAUUGUUUUUGUAACUUGACCAACACAUAAAGCCAUUGACUAUAA